UUACGUCUGUGUAUGAAAUUGAAAGUGAAAGUUUCAGGCAACCUAGUCGAGCCUUUCUGUUGCCAGCAGUCUCACUCCAGAUCAGCUACGCUUAAACUCAACAGGCUCCGACUGCUGCUUACAAAUUCAGCCUCUGCUCACCCCUCCUGAACUUUUGGAUCAAUACGUCUGAACUGAGGUCUCAGCAACAUGGAGUCUGGAAGAGGACCGAGCGGCAGAUGAUCGACCAGACAGGAGACCGUGAUGGAGGAUCUGCCGGUGACAGGCGGAGGAACUGGUGCAACAGGCGGCUAGGAAGAGGAUUCUCCUUUGUAGGAUGGUCAGAGACAAUCUUAACAGAGCAGUAGUACAGAGCCAAAAACCAAACCACGCAGCUGAGACAGAGAGCCAGAGUCAACCCACGGAGGAGCCUGCAGGCCCUGAGCCAGCACAGAGCCCAGAGAGAGUUCAGCCAGAGAGCCAGGAGCCCACAGAGAGGCAGCUGGAUUUACUGCUCUGGAGCAAACUCAAAAAGGAAGGCCCCGAAUCCUGGAGCCAGCCAGCGCCUGGAGCUGACAGUUUGCCUACACACCUCCGUCCAUUCAGCAGCGAAGCAGAGUACAAACUUGUGAAGUGCACUUAUCAGCAGCUCCAACACAGCGGAUACUACUGGGGUCCUAUGAGCAUGGAGGAGGCACAUGAUAUACUCAAGAGUGCACCGCUGGGAACCUUCCUCAUCAGAGACAGCGGCCAGCCGGAUGUUUUCUUCACUCUGAGCUACCAGAGUGACGACGGCCCGACCAGUGUCCGCGUCCAGCUGACCAACCUGCUCUUCAGUCUGUACGGCAGCCACAGGACUUUUGCGACACUCUUCGCUCUGCUCACUUUUUACACCAGCUCGUCGUGUAAACUGACAGUGCCGUAUCGCAAGCAGCGCCCAGAGCGGCUCAAGCAGAUGUGCAGGAGGGCUUUAAUAAGCACAUAUGGAGCAGAAAGUUUAAGCACCUUACCUGGACUCAGUACUCAAGUUAAAACCUACGUUCAUGCGUACCCUCACUAUAUAUAGACACACACCUGUGGACUGAGUGACUUUUGCUGUGUCAUUGUGUUAUUUUAAGUUUUUAAAAAAAGGCUUUUUAUUUGUGUUUUUUUUAUAAACAACACACGUUUUUCGGUGUUAUGAAUAACAUGUAACAUAUCUGCGCAAUAUUCAAAAGUUAUUUGCACACAUCAUUCAGAUGUUUCACGGAGUACUCAUAGCACAUUAUAGCAGUGUUUAAUUAGUAGCAACAUGUGCUGUCAGAAAUCAUCAUCAGCAUCACUGCUAUUAAUAAUAUUACAUAUUGGUGCCAUGUUUUGAUCGGAUCCUAUGUACACACUGCAUCCAGGAUACAUGAGUCAACAUUUAAACGCUGCUGUUGUCUGAAGCUGCUUUACUUGAUAUUUGACCACUGGAUGGCAAAAGAACAUCAAAUCAAACUGGUGUGUGCAGAGCUUGUAGAAUUAUGGCUGAAAUAGUCCUUCGCAAGUGAAUUAGUGGCCUUACAUUCUAAUAUUUUCUCCUCUUUCCCUGUGUUUUUAAUGGAGCCAAUAGCGGUUGUGGUUGCGAAUAUGUUUUUAAUCCUGUGAGUUAAUUAUCUCCUCAUCUCAGGUCAAAAUAGUCAUUUUCUGAUAAUAACUGGUGAAUUAUGUCAUUAUCUUGGGAAAACAAUAGGUUAUGUCAGGAUAGAAGGGCAAAAAGGUCAUUUUCAUGAGAAAGUAAGGACUUCUUCACGUCACUUAAAGAUGAAUGAGGCAGAGAGUACAGUGUAUAUAGCUUGUGAUGCAACUAGUCUACACGUGACGCCAUAUUUAGUUUACAGCAACUCAUCCAAUCCAGCUGGAUCGCUGGAUUACGCACCUUUAUGAAGUUGCAGAUGUAGGCCAGCCAAGAGGAAGCCUCUUUAGAAUGAAAGCAUCACAAGAAAAUUACUUCUUUAUUUUUGUGAAAUAAUUGACCUGUUAUUAUGAGAAAACAACUUUGUCGCUGUAAAUCCAACACAAUCAGUUGUACAAGGUGAAAAAGCACCACUGGGUAGCAGAAUCGAUAAACACUGAAUGUAGGUUUGUCUCUAACCACUAUUAUAUGUAUUUAUUUGAUUCAGUUUUGAUUUACAGUAUUGGCCCUAUUGAAGAAUGCGGUUUUAACAACUGCUCAUCAACACUUGAAAUAAUUUUACAUAAAGUUACUGUCGUCUGACUUGUGGUACAACAAGAA